CUCGGAACGCUACUGCGCAUGCGCGAACGGAAAUGCGCAACGAUACUCGUAAUUCAAACGUUUGUUGUUGAAAUGGAUCCUCAGAAAGAUUCACAGCCUCCCAAACAGCAGCCCAUGGUCUACAUCUGUGGAGAGUGUCACACAGAGAACGAGAUCAAGGCCCGAGAUCCCAUCAGGUGUAGAGAGUGUGGAUACAGAAUCAUGUACAAGAAGAGAACGAAGAGGCUGGUUGUGUUCGAUGCCCGAUGACGACUCUUCACCAGAUCCGGAGUCGCCACGCACGGUGUUUUGGAUUAUAAAAUUGAGUGCAGUAAAAUCUGCUGUGUGUGUGUGUGUGUGUGUGUGUGUGUGUGUGUGUGUUUCUGUGUGUGUGAAUAAAAAGUGUGAUGAUAAUUAAAA